AUGCCCGCGGAGCCUCUGAUCUGCACCGACACAGCCACGCGGGUGAGCUCCGUGCUGAACAGGGAUGUGAAGCAGUUUGGGAAGCAGCACAUGUUUGACUCGAGCGAGGAGACCUGCUGGAACUCAGACCAGGGCACGUCCCAGUGGGUCACCCUGGACUUCCCUCGCGCUGUCAAGGUGUCUGAGCUCCACAUCCAGUUCCAGGGGGGAUUCUCCAGCCGCCUGUGCACGCUGGAAGGCUGCAGAACUGGUGAAGAACUGGUGAAAAUAUCUGACCUGUACCCUCAAGACACUCAUGCCAUGCAGAGAUUCCAGGUGGAGGAGACAGUGCUGGAUAAGCUGAAGAUCACCUUUGAGAACAGCACAGACUUCUUUGGGAGGAUCGUGGUGUACCACCUCGGGGUGCUGGGGGAGAGGCUGUAG